AUGCCUUCUCCUAAGACUUUCAGGACCAAGAAUGUCCUGGCCAACAAGCAAAAAAAUUGUCCCAUUCCCCCGUGGAUUCUAAUGAAAACUAGCAACAAAAUCAGAACUAACUCCAAGAGGAGACACUGGAGAAGAACCAAGCUGGGUCUAUAA